AUGUCUUACUUGUUUUUGACUCUUAUUGCGGCUGAUUUUGGUAUGAUGCCAAGAGGUCCUGUUAAGGGGUCGGGACCUAAUCCAGUAUUUCCUGAUUCUCCACCUCCACCACGAACUUCUACAAAUUUGAAUUUUGGUAUGUUGCCAAAAGGUCAUGUUCCGUGGUCGGGACCUAGUAGAGGAUCAUCUGAUUCUCCACCUCCACCACGAACUCCUGCAAAUUUGAAUUUUGGUAUGUUGCCAAAAGGUCAUGUUCCGUGGUCGGGACCUAGUAGAGGAUCAUCUGAUUCUCCACCUCCACCACGAACUUCUACAAAUUUGAAUUUUGGUAUGUUGCCAAAAGGUCAUGUUCCGUGGUCGGGACCUAGUAGAGGAUCAUCUGAUUAUCCACCUCCACCACGAACUCCUACGAAUUUGAAUUUUGGUAUGUUGCCAAAAGGUCAUGUUCCGUGGUCGGGACCUAGUAGAGGAUCAUCUAAUUCUCCACCUCCACCACGAACUCCUACAAAUUUAAAUUUUGGUAUGUUGCCAAAAGGUAAUGUUCCAUGA